UCGCCUAGCCCAAUAAUCCCAUUUCCCAAGCCCACUGUCAUUAGUCAUUACUUACCCUAGACUUAGGUUUAAUCUCAUUCUCACUCUCUCACUCUCUCCGUCUCUCAAACCGAAAAUGUCAGUAUACCCAAAAGUCGAUAUUAUUUGAUGAAAACUGAAGAGGCUAGAGACGGCCAAAGACGAUUUGCUGAUCGGCUUUUGUUGUUGCGCUCACAAUUUUGAAGGGACAGAAGAAGAGAAAGCAAAAAUGGCGGAUGUGGUACAGUACAAGAUGGAGCGAAUGCUCCAUGAGCUAGACGACCUUGAAAAACGCGGCCUAUUUAGCCGCCAAGAAAUAGAAGAAAUAGUGAAACAGCGCCGCAAAUUUGAGUACAGGUUGAAGAGACCUAGACCAUUGAAACAGGAUUUUGUAGCAUACAUUGACUAUGAAAAAAGUCUCGAUUCUCUACGACUUCUACGUAAGAAAGCUCUCAUGAAAAAAACUGGCGAUAGGAAGUUGAAAAAAUCGGUUUCGGAUUAUGCUGGCGUUUCCAGGAUUAUUGACAUUUACCGGCUCGCUACGAGAAGGUUUAAGGGAGAUAUAGAGCUUUGGUUUCAGUAUUUGGAGUUUUGUAGGGACCGAAGGAAUGGUCGAAUGAAGAAGGCCCUUGCACAGGCAAUUAGGUUUCAUCCUAAGGUGCCUGGAGUAUGGAUAUAUGCUGCAGCUUGGGAAUUCGAUAACAACUUAAAUGCUGCUGCUGCUCGUGCCCUAAUGCAUAGCGGCUUGAGAGCUUGUCCAACUUCUGAGGAUCUGUGGGUAGAAUAUCUCCGAAUGGAGCUUACGUACCUAAAUAAAUUAAAGGCCCGCAAAGUUGUGCUAGGAGAAGAUAAGGGAACACUGGCUCAUUCUGGCAAAAAUGCUAAAGAGGAACAGUGGAGAAAUGAAAACAAGGAGUUAUUUAUGGCCCUUGAUGAUAAAAGAGAGGAUGACAAAUUAUCCGACCUUCACGGCGGAGACUCAAAGGAGAGACUAGAUUUAUUUAGGGAACAAGGUUUAAGUGUUCUUCAGACAGUUUACAGUGGUUCUAUAAAAGCCCUCCCUUCCAGUUUCAGUUUAAGAACACAGUUUCUUGAGAUACUAGAAGCUACAAAUUUAGCUCAUUCAGAAGAUAUGAGAAAUGAGAUACUUGCUGAUAUGAAAAGAGACUUUUCAAAAGAACCAAAAUAUUGGGAUUGGCUUGCAAGACAGGAAGUGAUUGAUCGUAAUAAUCCAGAGAGUACUGAAGGAGUGACAGCUGAUCAAUUAAGCAGAGCAAUUCAGGUUUAUGAGGAGGGUUUAAAAUUUGUGCCUUUGGCCUCAAUGUUUGAUUGUUAUGCAAAGUUCUUGAUGGAUGUCAUCCAUUUUAAAAAUCAGGGAAGUCAAUCUUCUGAGCACUUCAGUGCAGCUAGUCAUGGUAUGGAUCCUAUUUCACAGCUCUUGGUAGUAUAUGAAAAGGCUGAAACAAUGGGGUGCAUCACAGAGGAUCUUGCUUGUCAGUAUGUUUCUUUUCUACUGCAACUUGAAAAAGUAGAUGAAGCUAGGACUUUGGCGGCUAAAUUUUGUUCUGGAAAAUUUUCAGAAGCAGUGCGGCUAUGGGCGUUACGGUUCUCAACAGAAAUGAGAUUUAUCCAGAAUAACUGUACUCCAAAUAAGGCAGCUCUGUCUUCUUUCUUUGAACCCCUGAGAAAUGUUCUAUUGGAAGUGCCCAUAUCAGAAGCAGAAACCAUAUGGCUUAUGGCACUCAAAUAUUUCUCCACUCAUAAGAAGUUCUUUCACAAGUUGGUUGAGAUCUCUAUGAUUUCACUGGCCAAAUAUGGUGGAAGUGAUGAUGGGUUUUCCCUCUCUGCUACCAUCGUCAAUUUUGUUCUGCAAAGCAAUGGAUUUGAGAGUGCUAGAGAGUUAUAUAAGAGAUUCCUUGCUUUACCACAUCCUGGACUUUCUUUAUAUAAGAAUUGCAUUGAGCUGGAAUUGAACCUUGCAUCUAAUGGAGAUAAGAUUAGUCUUGGCAAUGCCCGAAAAUUGUUUGACACUGCAGUCACUACUUAUGAUCAUGAUGUCGGAUUGUGGCAAGACUAUUACAAUAUGGAAGUCAAGAUGGGAACAUCAGAAACUGCAGCAGCUGUUCACUGGCGAGCACGGAAAACCCUGAAGAAGAGUAUUUCCCUUCUACCCCCCUCACAAUGAUCAAUCUUUGAAUGUGGGAACACGUUCAAAAUUUAAGCUGGGAAUACUUUGAGCAAGUAAUAUGACCAAAGGUUCUAUCCGGAGGACUGGCUAAUGUGAUUUCUUAUGCAGUGCAGUGCACCAUCUCUUAUCAUUGAUUUGCAGUAUUGAUUCUCUUCUGAUGACUUACUUUAGGAUCUUAUGUGAUCUGAGUCCCUGUGAAAGGAGCUUUAGUAUAUUCUCAGUCAAGACCUUUGACAGCAGCUGACAGCUGUGAUAUAAAGCUUUGAAGGAGAGCUUUAAUGUCAUCUCAGUUCAAUUUUUUUGCUCUCUCAAACUACUUUGGCCGACAAUUUUGUAGACUAGUACCUUUAGCUUUGUGUGUGAAACAAACAUUUUACGAUCUUUAUCAAGAAAGCCUUGUAACUUUUAAUAGGAAUUGAAGUUAUCUGGCUGAAUUUGUUGGUAAUCCCUAUCCGUUGUUUAGUUUGAUAGAUUGAGGACAAUUUAAUCUAUAUUUAUUUUUUAACA